GCUAGAGAACACAUGUGCUGCAGCCACGUGGCACGCGCUGCUGCGUCGUGUUUGGAUUCUUUGCUUCCACGUGGCAGCAGAUAGCCACCUACAUAUACGGCGAAACCCUCGCCUCCUUCUCCACCCCAACCUGCGAAAUCUCUCCGACAACAUUAAAAAUAACAAAAAUAAUAAAAAUACCCGCGAAGUCUCUCCGGCCAACACAAAACAUCCACCCGAUGCAGGCUGCGUGCGCACCACGCGCUUUCCUCUCCCUCGCUCCGGCAUCCAGAACCAGGACUCCGGCGAUGCCGCCUCCGAAUCGCCGCUGCUUUCGCCGCGGCGGCAGGUGGCGGAUCCUGAAGUCCGCGGUGAAGUGCGGCGGGACGGGGGCGGAACUGGAGAGGAAGCUGGAGGAAGAAGUGGCGGGAAUGGGAAUACUGAAGGGCGGGGACUGCGAGGACGGUAAGGGCGGCGGCGGCGGCGGGGUGGUGGAGCUGUUGGAGUGUCUGGAGAAAGAGGCGAUAAUGGGGGAGGACGAAGGACGGCAGCCGGCGGACUACAACCGGAGGGCUCAGAUAUUCGACACGAGUUCUAGAAUCUUCCAGGCUCUCAAAAAUGGCGCCCCCAUUCCAGAGGAUGAUCCUUCUUCUUCUCCUCCACAACUAUAGAAGAUUACAACUUAGCCCAACUGUCACAAAAGUUUCAUGUCCCCCCCCCCCAUAUAGAAAUUUACACUGUGUAAUAUUACCACUUUGGUUUUUAGAGUCAAUCAUUUUUAACUUUUGACUUAUAAUUAAAUAAAACAUAUAUUGUAUUAUAAUUUGAUAAGAUAAUAGUUUGAAAACAUUUCAUAUAAUUAAUCUAAUAAAACUAUUUUCGUAUU